AUGCCUGCCCCGUCGAUUGCGAAAUCGUACUCGCGGUCUAUGGGUCUCAACCGCUCAGACGACGAGCAGUCCCCCCCGCAGACAUACGCAAACAUGCCGGGUGCCUUUGCUCCCCCCCCUCGGGGCCACCAGUCGCGCCCGUCUCAGUCGUCCAUCGAUCUCCAGCCAACGUCUUCGUACACCCGAGAGGGCUACCACGACGAGCCGUCCUCUCCCAAAAAGCACCAUGGAAUGCGCCACAGCCUCAGCAAGAGGUUCUCUGGCUCUUCCAAGGCUCUGAGUUCUCUCACUGGGCUAGGACGACGAAACUCCAAGCGACGAGGAGACUCCAGUACUGGAAGCAGUGCCCCGACAUCGCCUGCCAUGGAGGACUACGCUCACUCUCCCUCCCACUCCCAUGCUCAUGCCAACACUAGCAUGCAGUCGGUGACGUCACAACAAACACACCUGGGAAAUGUUAGUCAGCAGUCCUUCGCAACCGCCCCCGGAAACUCGACUGCCUCUUUGUCCCACAGCGGCCAGACCUCCAGAAAUGUCUCGAGCGGUUCUACCGUCCCCGGUGCAGUCCCCCAGGGCAGCUACGGAGUCCCCGAAAAGCCCUACACUCCCGCCGCCGACAGGUCCCAAACUGCCCCCGACUCUGCAGGAAACAGCAGCUUCUACAACCGGACUCUCGACCCCGGCCGAACGCUGGAUCCCGGUAGAGCUGGCGGCCCCGUGUCCCACGCUAUCCCCGCUGCCCCUGCUGUUUCUUCUGCUCCUGCCCAUGCUGCCGCUGGUGCUGCACCCUCCCACACGCCCGCAAACUUUCCCCAAGUAGCAACUCAAUUUGGGUGGGAACAACAACAGCCGCACACGAGCAUGGUAGAGAACACCGAACACGAGCACGUCAACGACCAGACCUCUCAACACCUGGCCAACAUGCACCUGACAAGUGACGGAGCUAGCAGCGACUACGAGGAGGAGCAGCAACAGCAGCAUGCAGGACUGGGCCUGGGGUUACAUCAUGACCCCAGACGCAUGAGCACCGCUUUCCAAAACCGAGCCGAGGAGCCCAACCCCGACGAGCCCGACCAGGAGCUGGACGACGACUAUGAGUACGAAGACUCUCGGGAGAUCCUCGACGACACUCGAGACUACUCUGCCCAGGAGCAAUACGCCCAGGGAUACGCCCAGCAGCUCGAGAGGGAGCAUCAGCGACAGCAGUACGAACGACAACAGCUUGAGCGACAGAAGUUUGAGCAGGAGCAGGAGCAGCUACAGCACCAACGACAGUUGGAACAGCAGCGAAAGAUGGAGCAGGAGCAGGAGCAGUUACAGCGACAGCAGUACGAGCAACAGCGCCAGGCACAGCUCGCCGCACAUGCCCAAGCCCAGGCCCAGGCUCAACAGCAGGCCCAGGCCCAGGCUCAGGCUCAGGCUCAGGCUCAUGCUCAAGAUCAGGCCCAGGCCCAGGCCCAGGCCGAACAGCAUGCGCAGCCUGCGUCACCCCUUCAGCUUCAACCCCCUACACAGACACAGCCCCCUGUGAAGAUUCAUGUGGCUCCCGGAACGCACGUCCAGCAGCAUUCCCAGCCUCAAUUGGCGCGGGGUUAUGAGCCUCAGUACACUAACAACGACAGUGUCACUGCCCACUCUAGUGCUCACACUGCACACAAUGUCAAACCUCGACCUCAGGUGACCAUCCCUGCGGCUUCCCCCGUGUCUCUUUCUGGAUCCCCAGUGUCGCCUCGACCACCUAUUCCUCAGACACAGCCUGUCCAGCAGCAGCCUCCUGCUCCAACACACGCUGCCCCCAACGUUCCCAAGGCUUCUUCUCCUGUUGCUACCAAGGCAUCAUCAGAGCUGCCCAAAACCACCGAGGAGUGGAAGGAGAAGGGUGCUGCCACUGCAGUCAAGACUGAGGUGACUCCAUCUGGCGAGUCCACUACAAAGAUUAUCCGGAAGGGUGUCAACGAUUUCUCGUUUGGGCGACCCCUUGGUGAGGGUAGUUACUCUACAGUACAAGCAGCCAUCGAUCGACACACUCUGCGAGAGUAUGCCAUCAAGGUUCUUGACAAGCGACACAUCAUCAAGGAGAAGAAAGUCAAGUACGUCAACAUCGAAAAAAACACACUCAACCGACUCGGCGAUCAUCCCGGUAUUGUGCGACUCUACUACACCUUCCAAGACGAGUCGUCUCUGUAUUUUGUGCUUGAUUAUGCUGCCAACGGCGAGUUGCUUUCUCUGAUCAAGCGAACUACCUCCCUCAAUGAGGAGUGCACAAAAUACUACGGUGCGCAGCUGCUGGAUGCUAUCGACUAUAUGCACAAUAAGGGUGUGGUUCACCGUGAUCUGAAGCCCGAGAACAUUUUGCUAGAUGACAAGAUGCGAAUCAAGGUGACUGACUUCGGUACUGCAAAGCUCAUGGAGCCUCUGAAGAACCCUGACGGAACCGUGUCCGAUAAGUACCCCGAGGAUGUUAAGGCGCAUUCGUUUGUGGGCACAGCGGAGUAUGUUUCUCCUGAGCUUCUCACAGACAAAGCCACUGGUAAAUCCUCUGACUUCUGGGCGUUUGGUUGCAUUCUGUAUCAGAUGCUGGCUGGCCGUCCUCCUUUCAAGGCUGGCAACGAAUACCAGACUUUUCAGAAGAUCGUCAAGUGCCAGAUGUCUUACCCUCCCGGGUUCCCCUUUGUUGCCCGUGAUCUGAUCAAGCGUCUGCUUGUUGUCAACCCCCGUCAGCGACUCAAGAUGGAUCAGAUCAAGAGCCAUCCCUUCUUUGAGGGCGUUGAUUGGAACGACAGAAAGGCAAUCUGGAAGGGUGCUCGUCCAAAGCUGCAGCCCUACCGGCCUUCUGCCAAGUCUUCCAACCCAAUGGCUCGACAAGCCGCUAUGCCUCCCCACGUGCCAUCUACCCAGGUCCAGCCUAUGGCUCCCCGGCAGAUUCCCAACUACAAGGCCAUGCAGCAGCAGUACCGAGCUCGACAGGAGGCCCAGGCUAAGCAGAGUGCCCAUGCUGCCGCAGCAGCUCUGGCCAUGAAACCCUCGGCUCCCUUUGCCAAGAAGGACAAUGACCUGAGCCCAACCAAUUCAGGAGGAGCCAGCAAGAAGAAUGGAUCCAACACUUCUCUCCACCUGCAGACCAAAACAUCUGGUCCUCGGCGGGCUGGUCAGACUGGCCCCUCCUCCUCCACAGAGCGACUACAGAGCCCUGACAAGUCCUCACCUAGUCCCACCGCUGCAACCCCCGCCGCCGCCGCUGCUGCAUCAAACGGCGCGACAGGCUCAGCUGGUGGAGGCAUGGCAUCUCGACAGUUUCGAUCCGCUGCCCCUGUCACAUCUACGAUGCCUGGAGGGUUCCCCAACCCUGCUCUUGCCGCUGCUACAAUGGCAUCACCUCCUCCUGCAGAGCCUGUUACCGCUCCUGCCCCUGCCUCGGCCCCCGCUGUUCCUACACUGACUUCAUCUCAGACUGCACCCCAGGCUGCACCUCAGACUGCACCUCAGACUCAGCAUGUUCAGUCCAUGGUGUUGCCUGAGGAUCAGGCCCUGCCUGGCCACAAGGAGGUCCAGCAGCAGCAACAUGUAUCGAACACUCCUGCACCUUCUGCAGUUCCCGGAAUCCCGUCUGUUGCCGUGCCUGGUCCUAGUGCUUCUGUCCCCACUACUUCUGCUGCUGACACCACAGCUGCUUCUGUCCAACCUGGCGAUACUACCCAGACCAUGAUGGAUGAUGAGGAAGACGAUGAGGAGGCAGAGGUUCUACAUGCCACCGAGUUGUCUGGAAAUCCUCCUCGAACCAACCUCGACAACCCUCCCCUCCUGCCUGCUGCUUCCCAGCUUGAUGCUGAGUUUGCUGGUUUGAUGAUGGCCCAUGACGAGCGAAUUCUCAAGCUCGGCCACAUUUACUGUACAGCCACGAGCCGAAAGGAGGAGGACGAGGAGAAGGAACACCACACACGACUGUCCAAAUUUUUUACAGGCCCCAAGAAGAAGCGCCGAAUUUUCCUCGUCACCACCCUGUGCAGAGCUUUGGUGGUUUCAAUGGACGACAAGCGAAUCCGUGUGGAGAUUGACUUGAUGUCUCCUUACGUGGGAAUUCGGGACUACCCUGAUCGAAAGAAUGGCGGUGGCGUGUUUGCCCUGGAGGUCCAACAGCGAGUCUACUACAUUGAGGACAGCAACGGAUCAGCAGAGUGGAUUCGGGCCAUCUCCAAGGCCGCCGAGUAUGGCGAGUUCCGAGAGAUUGUUGCUGCUCAGCACAAUGCUUCGAUCGCCAAUGCUGCUGCAGCCUCUGCAAUCACCCACACGUCCACAACCACUGGUCCUGGACACGCCGCCGCCGCCGCCGCCGCAGCUCGAUCGAACCCCGCCACACCCAACAUCAACAACGGCACUGCUGCGUUCGGCUCUCCCACCAAUGCUGCGCAGCCUGGCUCGCCUUACUUCGACUAUGUGGGCCACUCUAAUGCCAUGUAUUCGUCCCCCCAGCAGCAGCAGCUCCCCACGGCAUACGGUAGCAACACCUACAAGUUUCAGGAGGCUCCUGCUGUGCCCAAGGCUCCUGUUACCAGCACCACUUCCAAGUUUCUGGCUCGGAACGAGGAGCGGAAGCAACUGAGACGGUUGGGCAACAGACAGCCUAGUUAG